GAUGACGCUGUGAGGGAGAAGUGCUCAGGGACAAAGCUGAAUCAGGUCGGAGGUUGUCUUUUUGGUUUUUAGGCGUCUCAUCCUGGUCUGGUCUGAGACGACUCGCUCUGCAGAACCAUGGGAGCCUCCAGCGACACGGCCUCUCUCGUCUCCGGGCUCGUCGUGUUCACGCUGUGUGUCGUCGUCUCUCGUUGCCAGGACGAAUUCUCCGGACACCACUCAGCUGAAGAUCACACCUACGAAGGAUCUUUGGUCGACCACUAUGACGUCGUCGCCUCCCCUCCACCAGAGUAUCCUCCGGAGCCGACCCGCCGCAGCCACGAGGAGGGGGACCACGACCCUCACGGCCGCAGCCGGGUCACCAUGAUCACAGAGGACGCCUUCCCUUACGCCACCACCACCGAGUCCCACUACGCCAAGGAGGACACGGAGACCAUGCAGGUCCCGUAUGAGUUCCCCGCUGCAGGACCGGACACGGACUCCUCGGGGGAGGAGGGGCCGACAGACUGCGACUGUCAACCUGGAGAACCUGGCUUCGCUGGCUUCGCCGGACCAAAGGGAUCCCGAGGCCUGCAGGGUAAGAGCGGUGAGCCAGGGACUCAAGGCAGAGAGGGUUAUAAAGGAACCAAAGGGGUUCGUGGAAGAGGAGGAGACGCCGGACCAGUGGGCGACGUUGGGCCCGAGGGAGACGACGGAGCCUCUGGUUUCUCUGGAGCCAUGGGAGAACACGGACUUCCAGGAGACCUGGGCCAGCAUGGAGAGCUGGGUCUGAAGGGCGACGUCGGCAUGGAGGGACCCCGCGGAGGAGUCGGCGCUCCCGGUGAGACUGGCCCUCGUGGUGAUGCUGGGCCUCCAGGACCGAAGGGAGGUAAAGGUUCCAAGGGGUCUGGAGGUGACAAAGGAAAAGAGGGUCCACAGGGUCGAGACGGACAGAAGGGUCAGACCGGAGCACCCGGGUUUCCAGGGGACGUCGGCGACAGAGGCUACAUGGGUUACCCCGGACAGCCGGGAGGCUUCGGACCCGGCGGACCAAAGGGCAGCGAAGGUCACGGCGGCCUGCCAGGCAGUGACGGUGACCCCGGAGAAGAUGGUCCCAUAGGAGUCCCGGGGCUGAUGGGAGAGCCUGGAGAAUUUGGUGUCAAGGGGAGCAAAGGGGAUCGAGGUGUGGCCGGUCCUCGAGGCAGAGUGGGCGCUGUGGGAGCUGAAGGAGGACAGGGAGACGCUGGAGUGCCAGGGAAACCCGGGCCGAAGGGCCUGCAGGCCCAGCCGGGGGCCAAAGGUGAGACGGGACCUGAUGGUGACAAGGGAGCAGCAGGAAGGAAAGGCGUUAAAGGAGGAAAAGGUCAAACGGGACGCGUUGGCGGCCACGGGGACAAAGGACAGCGUGGACCAAAAGGUGCGGUCGGUCGCGACGGCGUCCCCGGCCCCGUGGGCUCGCCCGGCAUCCCAGGGACCAGAGGAGAGCGCGGCCCGGUCGGAGAGGCGGGUGUGAAGGGCCGAGCGGGAGCGAAGGGAGUCCCAGGUCCCUCUGGUCCUGGUCUGAGCGACCAGCAGGUCCUGCAGCUGUGUCGCGGCGUGGUGACGGCCCAGAUCUCCCAGUACGCCUCCUCCAUCCGGGCCAAGUGCUCCCAGGGCUGCCCCAUUAACAACCGGACGCUCAUCGGGCCCCCGGGAGUCCGCGGGCAAAUGGGAUCGCCCGGCAAACCCGGUAAAGCCGGAAAAGCUGGAGCAAAAGGAGCCAGAGGUGUUCAGGGCGACAGAGGCCUGGAGGGACAGAAGGGCGAGCAGGGUGACAGAGCUCAAAAGGGACCCAAAGGCGCCGCAGGUGAUCCCGGUAAAGGCCUGCCAGGACCAGACGGACCACAAGGCCUCACAGGUUUGCCGGGUCACCCAGCAGAACCUAAAAACGGCAUGGAGGGUCCCCGGGGUCCUCGCGGCUUCCCUGGUCAGGUGGGCCCACCCGGCACGGUCGGGAUCGCAGGCGUGCCAGGAAUUUGCGAGGCGCGGGACUGCAGCAUUCACGCGCCGGUGACGCGCAAAGAGCAGGGUCUCGUGAAAGGACCCGUCAGUUCAAAAAUCUGAGCCCGAACACGAGCGACAAAGACCACAGUGAAAUUAUAGAUAGUCAGAGAGUCACCUGGGGGCAACCGCAGGGUCCAUCUCAAUGGUUUUUCCAGCCGAAAUUAGAACUGGUUACAUUUUUUUUUUAAAGAAUAUCUAAAUAUGUAUAUGACAAAGUUUUAUAAAGUUGUGACUAAUUCUUUCAGAACACUAACUGAUGAAAAUGUCAGUGGGCCCAGUAUAGAGCCCUGAGGCACUCCGCUGAACGGGAAUCACACCAGCAGAGACUUUUCCAUCCGAGCUGCUCAAAGCUUUGGGCCAACAUUUGACAUUGUAGAUGAUUUAUACUUCCUAAGUAUCCAAACUGCUGCAGUUUUUUACUGGGAACAAUUUGGCUGAAUGUGCUGUACUUUUAUAAAAAACAACAACAACAAAGAGUAAAUGAUUCCCCACUAAAUCCUUCCUUUGGUUUAGUUUUUUUUCUUUCUCUGGUUCUCAAAAUCACCCUCUUAUUCCUUUUUUUUAAUGCAAUGUAAAUAUUUUGUAAAGUAUCUCAAAUACAUGUACUGUGCUCUGGACUGUUUCAGAUAAACUGCCUGAUGUGUUUGUUUUUUGGUUUUUAAAA